AUGAGCUUUGGUAAAGAAUUAAAGGAUCAAUUUUCAAAUGUAAAUCAAUUCGUUCAAGGUGGAAUACAAUUUUUAAACGAAUUUAGAGAUUUUCUAAAAGAGCGAGCACAAAUAGAAAAAGAGUAUGCACAUAAAAUAGAAGGUCUUGUAAAGAAACAUUCAAGUAAGCGAGACAAAAAAGCAUGGAUGACUCUUCUUGAAGAAACUGAUAAUAUUGCUAAAGAGAAAUUAAAAUUGUCAGAGACAAUAACAUCUAGUAUAAUGGAACAAGUUAAAUUAGUUUCAACAAAGAAAGAAGAAAUUCGUAAAAAACAUUCAAAUUUCGCACAAAAAUUAGCAUCUGACAGAGAUAAAAUAUAUUCAGAAAAACAAAAGGCUAAAUCACGAUAUGAUGAGUGUAGCUUACGAAAACAAGCAGAACAUGAUCUUAUUGAGAUGAAUAACUCCAAAAAUUUAUAUGUUUUAUCAAUUCGAGUCGCAAAUGAAGUUAAAAAAAAAUAUUAUAACAGGGAUAUACCUGCUUUAAUAGAUGUAAAUCUUAAUGAAAGUAGAAUAAAUGCAUUAAAACAAAUAUGGGAUGAUUAUGUGGAUUAUGAGUUAUCAUCGCUGAGAGAGUCAAAGCAACAUCUUGAAUUAGCACGUCAAGUCAUUAGAGAAGUCGAUAGUCGUACUGAUUCGGAGCUUUUUGUGGAAUACAAUAAAAAAAAUUGGGAGGAACCAUCAGAUUUUGUAUUUGAAGAUUCUGUCAAUCACAGUAAUAAUGAUGAAUUAGUUGAUGACGAAAAUUCUAAAGUGUUUCUUAAUAAUAAACUUUCAAAAGCAAAGCGAAAAUUAUACACUUUAAUUCCUGAAAUUGAAACAAAAAGAAAACAUAUCGAUGGAAUGGAUUCACUGAAAGAAGCAUAUGAAAAUAAUCCAAAGCUUGGUGGAGUUGAUGCUGUAACUGAUAAUUUACACGAGACAAUACGAGAAGUUACAAUAUUGGAAACAAUGAAGGCAAAAUAUCAGACUGAAGUGGAUUCCAUUGUUCAAGUGGUUGGUGAUAUUGGAAAUGAUAGCCAAUCUCACGAUUUCAAAAGUGCUUCAUUUACUAUACCAACAACUUGUGAUCUGUGUCAAGCUACCAUAUGGGGAAUAGCAAAACAAGGUUUCACUUGCAAAGAAUGUGGAUAUAAUUGUCAUGCAAAAUGUGAGAUGAAAGUACCGCCAACUUGCACAAAACAAAAAGGAGUAAUAAAAAGAGGGCUUGUAAAUAGUGGAACAUUUUCGUCAAAUACAAUAUCUCCUUGGGGAACUUUUUCCACAUGGUUAGCAAAAGUAUUAUACGACUAUACUGCUGAUAGUGAGGUUGAAUUAACAGUAACUGCUGGCGAUAUCAUAACAGUCAUUGCACAAAACGAUGGAAAUGGAUGGGUUAAAGCUACUUUUAAUGAACAAGAAGGUUUGGUUCCUGCUGCAUAUAUAGAGUAUCAAACAUUAUCUAUUAAAGUUCUUUAUGAUUAUGAAGCUCAAGUACCUGAAGAACUUACAAUAAAAGAAGGCGAUGUUAUUGAAAUAACUGAUCGUAAUGUCGCUGAUGGUUGGUGGGAAGGUAAACUUAACGGUGUCACUGGUCAAUUUCCUGCCAAUUAUGUUACAUUGAUGGAUUGA